AUGUCCAAGGUCAACCACAGGGCCAAGCUUGCAGAGCUCAAAGCUCUUCGCAAGGCUGGUAAAAAGGCAUUUGACAGCUACCAAGUAGAGGACGUCAAUGCCCUGUAUGAUGAAGUCGACGAGGAUGGCUACAAGAAGAUUGUCAGAGAUCGUCUGAAUCAGGAUGAUUUUGUCGUCGAUGACAAUGGCGAGGGCUAUGCCGACGACGGCCGUGAAGAUUGGGAUCGUGUCCGUCAGUAUGAUUCUGAGAGCGACCUGGAAGAUCUACCUACACGAGGCCGCCAAAGUAAAUCGAAAAAAGCAAGCCGUCAGGCAGAGCAGGCCAUGCGAGACGUUAACGAUCGUAACAUUAGCGAAUACUUUACCAAGAACGCAACCAAGCCUCAACAAAAGCCGAAGAUCGUCAAGACCGAAGACGACGAGGACUUCAUGGCAAAUCUACUUGGAGAAGUUGACAGCAACAUCCCAGCUCCCGCGCCGAGACCCUCAAAACAACAGCGCUCAGGAGAGCGCCGCAAAUCUAGAGCGCUUUCGCCUCCGCCGGAACCGGCAGGCAAAAAGCAGAAGCGACGAGAUACACGACUGCUGUCGCCUUCAUCUGCCAUUCCUCCUAGUGACGAUGAUGGAUACAUGCCGCCUCUGGACGAGGACCCGAUACCUGUUGGCGAAGUACCAAUGAGCGACCCAACCCCGUCAUCCCCCGCUGCCAAAGUAGCCCAGCGCAAAGCCCAGUUGAGGCAUGAAAUCAAGGAAGACUCUGACGACGAGGAAACAAUGGAGGUCGCCCACGCUGCUUCUGUUACAACAGCUUCUGUCAAUCUGGCCAGCUCUCGUCCCAUUAAGAAGCUUCGCAAACAAGAGCCGUACCCUUCUCCAGCCAGCUCUUCACCGGUCAAUGCUGUUGAUGAUGUUGACUCGUCUUCUUGGAACAAAUUGACCGAGAAGCUUAAUGUUGUUAGCAACCCCUCAGAGACACGCGGCGUGGGAAAAAUCGACCACAAGGACGCCAUUGAAGCUGAUGGCAGCCUCAGCUUUUUCUGGACUGAUUAUACUGAGAUCCACGGCAGUCUCUGUCUCUUUGGCAAGGUCUUGAAUAAGAAGAACCAGGAGUAUGUCAGUUGCUUUGUUAAAGUUGAUAACAUUCUCAGAAAGCUUUACUUUUUGCCACGCGAACAUCGCCUUCGUGAUGGCGAGGAGACAGACGAGAGCGUCGAAAUGAUGGAUGUUUACAAUGAAGUCGAUGACCUCAUGACCAAGAUGAACGUCGGCAUGUACAAGAUCAAGGCAUGUACUCGAAAAUACGCAUUCGAGCUCCCUGGAGUGCCAAAGGAAGCACAGUAUAUGAAACUUCUCUAUCCGUAUACCAAACAGCAAAUCGAUUCCAGUAUCAUCGGCGAGACCUUCUCACACGUAUUCGGAUCCAACACCGCACUGUUUGAGCAGUUUGUUCUAUGGAAAAAUGUCAUGGGCCCUUGCUGGCUCAAGAUUGAGGACGCUGACUUUGGUGCCAUCAAGAACGCCUCUCACUGCAAAUUGGAGGUCUUAGCUGAGCACCCCAACAUGUUAUCAGUCGCGAGCGAAUCAGACAACCUUGAUGCGCCUCCCCUGACUAUGAUGAGCGUCGCUCUCCGUACAGCUUUCAACGCGAAAGAGAACAAGCAAGAGAUCCUCGCCAUUAGCGCCAGAAUUUACGAAAAGGUGCUGCUUAGCAAUACGACGCCCGCCGAGAAGCUGCCCUGCAGAACAUUCACAGUCAUUCGACCGCACGGACAGAAUUUCCCUCUAGGCUUCGAGCAGCUUGCAAGAACCCGCAAUCGCGGCCUCAUUGUCAUGAAGAAGCAAGAGUCAGAUAUUCUUAGCUUCUUCCUGGCCCAGCUCGAUGUCGCUGAUCCCGAUGUAAUCCUUGGCCAUCAACUGGAGGGUGUUGACUAUAGCGUUCUCUUGAAUCGUUUGCAAGAGAAGAAGACUCACCAGUGGUCAAGACUCGGAAGACUCAGAAGAACUCAGUGGCCUCAGGCACUUGGAAAACUGGGUGGCAAUGUCUUCGCUGAGCGUCAGAUCAUUGCAGGUCGACUGCUAUGUGACCUGGCGAACGAAGCAGGCAAAUCUGCCAUGUACAAGUGCCAGACUUGGAGCUUGACAGAAAUGUGUAGCCUGUAUCUCUCUGGUGAUAAUCAUCGCCGUGAGAUCGACAAUGAGUCCGCACUGAACAGCUGGGCCAAGGAAAAGCAGGGUCUCAUGGACUAUAUUACCCACAUGGAGGCCGAUACACAUUACAUUGCUGCUCUGGCAAUUAGCGUUCAAAUGCUCCCAUUGACAAAGGUCUUGACCAAUCUGGCUGGUAACUCUUGGGCUCGUACCUUAACAGGUACCCGCGCAGAAAGAAACGAGUACAUUCUUCUCCACGAAUUCCAUCGCAACAAGUAUAUUUGCCCUGAUAAACAGAUUUUUCGUGGCCGUCAGAAGGCUUCAGAGGAGAACGAAGACGAAGCGGGACAGGGGAAAAAGAAAGACAAAUUCAAGGGUGGUCUCGUCUUCGAGCCCGAAAAGGGUCUGUACGACAAAUUUGUCCUCGUCAUGGACUUCAACUCUUUGUAUCCCUCUAUCAUUCAAGAGUUCAACAUUUGCUUCACGACGGUCGACCGCACCAUUUUAAGCGAGGACGACGAUGCGGUUCCCGAGGUACCGAAAGAUCAAGACCAAGGUAUCCUCCCCAAGCUCAUUUCGACACUUGUUGGUCGUCGUCGCCAGGUAAAGAGUCUCAUGAAGGAUAAAAACGCCACAGCCGAGCAGCUUGCCACAUGGGAUAUCAAGCAGCUUGCCUUGAAGCUCACUGCUAACUCCAUGUACGGUUGUUUGGGCUACACCAAGUCCAGAUUCUACGCGCGACCGCUUGCCGUCUUGACCACAUUCAAGGGCCGUGAAAUUCUCAGAAGCACCAAGGAGCUCGCAGAAAGCAGGUCUCUCCAAGUUAUCUACGGUGAUACUGACUCGGUCAUGAUCAACGCCAACGUGGACUCUGUAGCAGACGCCUUCAAGGUCGGCAAUGAUUUCAAAAGGGCUGUCAAUGAGCAAUAUCGUCUCUUGGAAAUUGACAUUGACAACGUCUUCCGACGAAUUCUUCUGCAGGCCAAGAAGAAGUAUGCUGCCAUCAACCUCGUCGAGAAAGAUGGCAAGUUCAUUGAAAAGAUGGAAGUUAAGGGUCUGGACAUGCGACGUCGCGAAUACUGCGCCCUAUCAAAGGAGAUCUCUAAGCGCCUUCUGGAUGAGAUUCUUUCCGGCGCCGAGACCGAGGAGGCUGUUUCGCGCAUUCAUGAAUAUCUGAGAGACACUGCUGCUAAGAUGCGUGAGCAGACUAUCCCUGUUGCCAAGUACAUUAUCUUUACCCAGCUUGGGAAGGGGCCCGCAGAGUAUCCCAAUGCCGACUCCAUGCCUCAAGUUCAAGUCGCACUACGCGAUCUUGCUCGGGGCAAGACGGUGCGCAAGGGAGACGUCGUCUCGUACAUAAUCACGGGCGAUGGCAAGAGUUCAGAGCCACCCGCCAAGCGAGCUCAUGCACCCGGCGACCUCAAGACAGACCCCUCACUGGUCCCCGACGUCGAGUGGUACCUUGGCAAGCAGAUCUUCCCUCCUGUUGAGCGUCUUUGCGCCAACAUUGUGGGCACCUCUACUUCACAACUUGCCGAACAGCUUGGCUUGGAUGUCCGCCGAUACAACUCUCUGCAGACCCAACAAAACAGCGCCAGCGACGACCUCGAGAUUCACCCUCUGGAGUCUCAAAUUCCCGACGAGGUCCGCUUCGCAGACUGCACGAGACUUGCUCUGCGCUGCCGCAAGUGCAAGUCCUCUACGCCAUUUGAGGGUCUUGCCUCAGCCCCCGACCGCGUCUCUGCCUCUGGCAUCGUCUGCGGCGCUUGCAAUGCCAUUAUUCCCAACAUCUCCAUCGUGGCACAGGUAGAACACGCCAUUCGCGUCCAAAGCACUCGCUACUACGAGGGCUGGCUGGUCUGCGACGACUCACAGUGCGGCAACCGCACGCGCCAGAUGAGCGUCUACGGCACGCGCUGCCUCGGCCCCAAGGGCCUGGCCCGCGACUGCCUCGGCCGCAUGCGCUACGAGUACACAGAAAAGGCCAUCUACAACCAGCUAGUGUACUUUGCCAGUCUCUGGGACGUGGAGCGUGCCCGCACCCGCGCCGCUGGUGCCGACAGCGGCAUGACCAGCCAGGACCGCGAAAAGGUCCUCGCCCUCGCCGAGCACAACCGUGUGCGCUUCGGCACCGUCAAGGGCAUCGUGGAUCGCUACCUCGACAAGUGCGGCCGGCAGUGGGUUGCCAUGGAUUCGUUGUUUGCGCGUCUGGGCUUCAACAAGCCCCUUGCUGCAGCGUAA